UAUCUCACGGGCGCACGUGAGCACAUCCCCCCUUCUCUCGCAGAAGAUACUCAUUUUCCUUCUCUCCCUCUCUGUCUCUCUCACCCCGGAGGAGCUGUCUCGGUUGAGAAAACUCAUUCAGGAAGAGGAUAUGGCGAGCGCAGUGGACGCGGCGGGAGAUCCGAUCCCGACAUCGGCGGUUCUGACGGCGUCUUCGAAGCACAUAGCGGUGAGGUGCCAAGCGGAAAACGUGGCCUUCCUCAAGUGCAAGAAGCAGGAUCCUAACCCCGAGAAAUGCCUGGACAAAGGCCGACAAGUCACUCGCUGCGUCCUUGGCCUGCUGAAAGAUCUUCGCCAGAAGUGUACAAAAGAGAUGGAUGCAUAUGUUGGAUGCUUGUAUUACCACACAAAUGAGUUUGAUUUAUGUCGCAAAGAGCAGGAAGCAUUUGAGAAAUCCUGCCCUUUGGAAUGAGAGUGAGACUAAUAACACAAUCCCUUGGUCACAAUAAUAUAGGCAAUUUGCAUUGAGCAAGUACUGCUGUUGCAUACAGUUUUCGGCAUGGAUGUUGUCGCCCAUUUUGGCAUGUUCAGUGUUCAGGUUUUCAAGUGGAAAUGCUUCCAAGCAAGAUAAUAUUGCCCUCUUUUCAAUCAUAAUUUGACGUUAUUCCUUUCAAUCAAA